AUGAGUCGUGGUGAUUACCAGGCCCGCUUGGGUUAUCUGUCAGCAUUAUCACCAUCUGCUAUGGUUCUCAACAAACUGUCGUUUGGACGUUUCUCGUGCGCGCCUGGGGCGGUGGCCGCCAAGCUGCAGGCUGGAGCUGGCGCCUACGGCGCUAGCGCCAGCGCCAAUGGCUCCAAGCUGCCCGUCUGGCAGCUGUCGGGCUUCAAGAAGGGCGGCACCGUGAUCCAGCACUCCACGCCGCACGUUCCCGAGUUUGUCUACAACGUGUUCGAUUCCACGAGCAAUCCAUGCAAAACGGUGUUCGAGUCCGACCAGCUGCGUGUUUCGCUCGAGCUGGACCGGCCCUGCUUCUACUUCGCUGGGCUUCAUGUCGACGACGAGUCUCCGCUCGACGGCGAGCUCGGCGGGCGCGGCAGCGCCGCGCCCGCCAACAGCUGCGUCACGGGGAAGCUCGUCGUCACCGUCAAGGGAAGCGCCAGCGUCGUGCUCCAGAACAUGCAAGUGCGGCUCAGCUGCUACUCGUCACAGUUUGUGUACUCCAUCGACGCGGCCGCCAACGUGCGCGUCACCAAGCUGCUGCGAUCGCGCGAUUCCAACCAAUUCUCGUACUACACGCCCGUGCUCCAAGACGUGGUUUAUUUCAACAGCAACGGCCACGCGGGCGCCGCGCACCCGGCGGAUCGUCGCUCCACGUUGCUGGCGCCCGGCACCUACCAUUACCCGUUCACUUUUGUCGGCGACGCGGCCAGUUUCCCGUCCACGGUGUCGACGCAUUGCGGCUCGACUGCGUACCGCGUCGAGGCGUUUCUCACGCUCCCGCAACCCAAGCACAAAUUCGAAACUGUCGUUCUAACGUCGCGUGUCGACAUCAAGAAAACGCUCACGCCCGACACCGCCGCGCAUUUCGACAGCGUGGUCAGUCACAACUCCUGGAGAGACGGACUGCUGGAUUAUGACGUGUUCUUGAGCUCCCGCAUGGUUGAGUUCGACCACCCUUUCCAAUUCAAUUUACAGCUUGUGAAAAAACGCCUGCAGGGCCUCAAAAUAUUGUUUGUCACCUUCUCCAUCGUUCAGAAAAUGGCAAUCCCCUGCGUGGACGCCAAGACCGACGAGCCCUUGGCGGGUUACUACAUACAAAGCACCUUCGCUCAUCUACGCACUGUCACCGAUUUGUCUGCCGGCGACCUCGCCCACAACCUGUCGUUUGACGAUUUUGUCGUGCCCUCGACGCUCAAGCGUUCCGCUGCCAACAAGUGCUUUCACCACUACCAUUGCGAAAACAGCUCGCACUUGGCCUACAAAUCGAAACCAAAACACGCGCUCAGGAUAUCUCACGAACUCAAGAUUGUAGUGGGCAUUGAGUUGGAAAACCCUGCGGAUCCCAAUAACAACGAAAAAGUCAAGCUUGGACUGGGAGUUCCCGUGCUACUGGUAGAUCAAGAUAUGGUUUCAACCUUAUAUUUGCCUCGCUACGAGCCAGAAUCGCCAAAACCUAUCUCAAAUUCAAGCCUGUAUGAGUGUCCCAGCGAGGGCAGCACGCUUUUCCCACCCGAAUACACAGAAUUCCCAGAUGCAUAA